AUGUUUUCCACCACAAGAUCCCUGGCGGCUGCUAUCUGGGCAGCGCUCCACCCCUGGAUUCUGCUGCUGGCUGCCCUUACUUUCCUGUUCUUGGCUGAUUUCCUCAAAAACCGGCGACCCAGGAAUCACCCGCCAGGACCCUGGCGCCUGCCUUUUGUGGGCAACUUGUUCCAGUUGGAUUUACAGAAGUCGCAUCUGGUAAUUCAGCAGUUUGUGAAGAAGUAUGGAAACAUAAUUAGCCUGGAUUUUGGUAACAUCCCUGCAGUGGUCAUAACUGGACUGCCCUUAAUCAAAGAAGUUUUCACUCACAUGGAACAAAACUUUUUGAAACGCCCCAUUACACCUAUCAGAGAACGUGUCUUUAAUAACAGUGGAUUGAUCAUGUCCAAUGGACAGACAUGGAAGGAGCAAAGAAGGUUCGCAUUGAUGACACUCAAGAACUUCGGAUUGGGGAAGAAGAGCUUAGAGCAGCGCAUACAAGAGGAGGCCCACUGUCUCGUGGAGGCCAUGGGAGAGGAGAAAGGACAGCCUUUUGACCCUCAUUUCAAGAUCAACAAUGCAGUUUCCAAUAUCAUUUGCUCCAUUACCUUUGGGGAACGCUUUGAGUAUGAGGAUGGUCAGUUUCAGGAGCUGCUGAGGUUAUUAGAUGAGGCCACAUGUUUGGAGACAUCAAUGAUGUGCCUGCUCUACAAUGUAUUUCCAUCCAUAAUUACACAUCUUCCUGGACCACACCAAACAGUUUUUAGAAACUGGGAAAAACUGAAAUUGUUUGUUUCCCGAAUGAUGGACAGUCACAGGAAAGAUUGGAAUCCUGUUGAGCCGAGAGACUUCAUUGAUGCUUUUCUUACAGAAAUGACAAAGUAUCCUGACAAGGCUACGACAAGUUUCAAUGAAGAAAACCUCAUCUGCAGCACUCUGGACCUCUUCUUUGCUGGAACAGAGACAACAUCUAACACGCUGCGCUGGGCUCUGCUCUUCCUGACUCUAAACCCAGAAGUGCAAGAGAAAGUACAGUCUGAGAUUGAUAGAGUGAUUGGCCAUGACAGGCAGCCAAGCACAGACGACCGAGAGUCCAUGCCCUACACCAAUGCUGUCAUCCAUGAGGUGCUGAGAAUGGGCAACAUCAUCCCCUUGAAUGUUCCCAGAGAAGUAACCGCUGAUAGCACAUUGGCUGGGUACCACCUGCCGAAGGGUACCAUGGUCCUGACCAAUUUGACUGCUCUGCACAGGGAUCCCAAAGAGUGGGACACUCCAGAAACCUUCAAUCCAGAGCAUUUUUUGGAGAACGGAAAGUUUAAGAAGAGAGAAUCUUUUCUACCAUUCUCAAUGGGAAAGAGAACCUGCCUGGGAGAACAACUGGCCAGGUCUGAGUUGUUCAUUUUCUUCACCGCUCUUAUGCAAAAAUUCACCUUCAAGCCCCCAGUCAAUGAGAAGCUGAGUACAAACUUCAGAAUGGGCAUCACCCUUUCCCCAGUCAGUCACCGCAUCUGUGCCGUCCCUAGACAAUGAUGCUGGAGACGGAAAGAAAAGGGAGAGAAGAAACGACAUGCACUUUAAAGCCACUGAUGCCUACACACACGGGAGGAAACAAGAUGAAGACGUCAGAGGAAAGAUAGGAGGAAUUAGAGUAAGGAAACUAAAUCAAAUGCCUGCUUGCUGGACCCCCAAGUUGGCUCUGGUUAUGUCAUUUAUGAACUCAUUAGAAUUGCUCAAGUGAGUAACUAUUAUUUCCAUUUUAACCUGCAUUAAAAAUCCUAUUUAACUUAUAAGUCACAUAACAAAAGGUGUGUCUUCAAGUCUCUUCAGCCCUCCUUUUGUAAACAUGCAGUUACUUCUGGCCUGUAGAAAUGGUUCAUUUGGAAAUGGUACAAAGAGAGCAAUUGUGAUGCUGUUGAUCUGGUUGUAUACACGACUCAUCUUAAAUGGAAUAAGAGGUAGUUUACUCUGGAUCCAUUUUUUUUUGAGUGAUCAUGGCCCAGCAAUACGGGUUCAGGUUACCAUGAAUUCCAUGUUCCAACACUAAAGCAGUUUUACAGUUUUACAGAACAAAAAAGUCAUGAAUCAAGUUGAAAAUCCAUUGGUGGGUACAUCAGAGAAGUACUUACAGGAAGGUGGGGGAAGUUUCUCCAUAGACCUCAGGUACCUUGGACGUGUAACAUCCCAACCUUUCUUGAAAGUACUGAACUUCUAAUGGGUCAACCAGCCUUUGC